AUGGGCAACGGAAACAGAGCGCAGCAGAAGCGGGAGCGGAAUGCGGCAAAGGCGAAGGGCGGCGAAGCGAAGAGCCAGCUGAAGUCUAACGCCGCCGCCCUCACCAUCAAGUGCAAGACGUGCUUCCAGUCCUUCCAGAGCACCACCAACCGCAAGAUGCUGAGCGAACACGCCACGAACAAGCACAGCAAGGCCUUCGAGGACUGCUUCGACGCAGACGCCGGUGUUGCCCGGUGA